AUUGUUGAUAGUAAAUACCUACCAAAUCAAAUCUUUGGCAAAUCACACGAAGUUGUUAUCAACAGGUGUUAUUGACGUAGCAAAUUGUUCAAGUUAGUGUUUUACGUGUUUUACGAACAAAAAUUUUACCAGGAAAGACUGCUAAUAAUGUCAUUAAUUCGCUCAUCAGGCCUUCUUUGGCGUCUAGUGCAUAAAAAUAAACUCUCAUUGAAGUGUGUGGUGACACGAAAUGUUCACAGCCAGACGCAGAGCCCGGAGGCGGCAGCCCGUGUAGUUUCCAUGUUUCCUGGCGCACAAGCAUCUUUUGUGAAUAAACCUUCGCUCUCCCUACCGAAUCAUGUGGAACCAAUACCCAUUUACAAGAUAAUGAAUGCUGAUGGUGUGAUUGAAGAUCCAACGCAAGACCCGGGCCUGAGUCGUGAAACGGUUCACAAGAUGUUCAGAGAUAUGGUGUUGCUGAACACGAUGGAUAAAAUUUUGUACGAAUCUCAGCGCCAGGGGAGGAUUUCCUUUUAUAUGACUAACUCUGGCGAAGAAGCUAGCCACAUUGGAAGUGCUGCUGCGUUAAGUCCCGAUGAUUGGGUAUAUGGUCAGUACAGGGAGGCUGGAGUGUUGGUGUGGCGAGGGUUCACCAUUUCGGACUUUGUCAACCAAUGCUACGGAAAUCGGGAGGAUCAAGGCAAAGGCCGUCAGAUGCCCGUACAUUACGGGUCGAAGAAGUUGAAUUUCGUUACGAUUUCAUCCCCUUUAGGCACCCAAAUCCCACAAGCUGUGGGAGCUGCUUAUGCAUUCAAGCGCCAACCGAAUAACAAGCGAUGCGUGAUUACAUACUUUGGGGAGGGAGCCGCUUCAGAAGGGGAUGCCCAUGCGGCCUUCAAUUUUGCCGCCACCCUGGACUGUCCGGUGAUAUUAUUCUGUCGUAACAAUGGAUUCGCUAUCUCCACUCCUUCGAAGGAACAGUACCGAGGGGACGGGAUAGCUGGCCGGGCGGCGGGUUAUGGUAUUGCAGCUCUGCGAUUCGAUGGCACGGAUGUAUUUGCGGUUUAUAACGCAACGAAACUGGCGAGAGAGUAUGUGUUGCAACACAACAAACCGAUUGUGCUCGAGGCUAUGGCCUACCGCAUUGGCCAUCAUUCGACAUCGGAUGACAGCUCUGCCUACAGGCCUGCAGAGGAGUUGGAGAUAUGGAACACGGUCGAGCAUCCCAUCUCGAAGCUCAAGAACUACAUGCGGAACCGCCAGUGGUUCGACGAGGAGGAAGAAGAACGGUAUGUGAAGGCAGUGCGAAAGCAAGUUCUCGCGCAAAUCAAUCAAUCGGAGAGGAUCCCCAAGCCGGACUGGCGGGAGGUGUUCCAAGAUGUUUACUCCGAGAUGCCCCAGCAUUUGAAGGAACAGAUGAAACAAAUGGAGGAACACGUAGAUAAGUUCAAGGAACAUUAUCCACUGAAGGAUUUCAAAAAUUAGCACAUUUUGACGUAGCGUCAGGUUUCAAGGCAUAAGAUGCCGGUCUCAGGAAUGCAUUUAUUAUAACAUAGGUCGAUUUUAAUGAUUUUUAUGAAAG